AUGAAGAUACUUUAUAGUGUAGUCGCCCUUCUGUUAAGCCUAACAAAUCAAACUUUUGGACUAAGUGAGCAGCCCUUAGCAGUGCUGAAAGCCAGCGGAGAUGAUCCGAAAACUCCACUGAUUGUGCUUACAAAUCCCAUAGCUAAGCCAACAUUUGGAGAGUCAAUUGAAUCGGAACAUGAAAUUGAGACCACACUUAUGCCUGAUACAACAGCUACCAGUAAGAAGCUAACUAAAAAAACACAACCUCCUCAGAAGAAGAAAUCAACUUUUAGCCAUGGACAAAAACAGAAGCUUCCAUUGCAAGACUUAUUGCUGAUGCCGGGAAUGUGGGAGAGUUCCCCAAUAAGUGCCCAUGGACCAAUGGAUACAAUGGCUACUCAACCUGUUUUCUAUCCCCUUCCGGUCUAUAUCCCAUAUCCCAUUCCUUUCAUGCUCAACCCACAGAUGCUUCCGAUGAGAGGACCAUCCAAGGACAAAGUGGAGGACCAAAUUGCAGUGGGCUUUAAUGAGAUGAUGUCUGAAAAUCUACUUAGAAGCUCUUUCCAACAAGACAACGAAUCUGAAUGGCAGAGCCCUAUCAAGAAUCGGUUGAGGCCAGCCAACCAAAACGGGUAUAAAAAGUGGUGGGGAAAAUGGCGUAAAACAACGACAAAUACAACUACCUCGACAACUAAAGCUUCAGUAACAAAUCCUACUGAGCCAACAAGAUUACUAUUGAGCAGCAGUAGCCACAGUGGCAGUGAAGUAAAAUCCAUCGAAACCAUUGUCGACAAUGAGACAACAGAAGCAGCAAGCUAAUUGAAUAAUUAAAGGAACAGAGGAAAAUAAA